CCUAGCUCUAGAAGUUUCUGGAUCGCUGUUCUGCACAAAUGCAAAACUUAACAGGGUGAUGCACUGGUAGAACUUGUUAAGAUGAAACAAAAUGCUACUUGAUUGAGAACCAGCCGACCCAAGCGUUCCCUCCUCUCAACCAGCCGCACUCUAUAUAGGUGGGGUUUAUUUCUCUUCUCUUUCACUUUCUCUGUUGCUCAGAGGCAGAGGGUCACAGAAAGCAAGACAAGCACCCUUCAUACGUUCCAAAACCCAUUUUAGCAGAUUAGACAAGAUUCAGAAAGUGAAACAGGAUACUGAGAACAGUCAUGGAGCUGGUUUUGGCUUCCACUGUUCCAUCCUAGUUCAUGUGCACAGUUGGAAUCAAAAGACUGCCAGCCUGGUGCCGAUCAAACAGUUUCCUGGGCAACAGGGGAUGGACUUCCUGCAGACCUUCUGCUGACCCAGAAGUGACCUUCUGCUGGCCCGGAAGUGACGAUUUUCUGACCUGGAUGUGACGUUUUCAUGAACCAAACAAAACGCUCUGCAUACUAACAGAAGAAAGCAACUUCAAAAAUACAAUGGAUUACAAGCAGUUACCUGUGACUGAAUGGGAUGAGGGUCAUGUUAAAUGCUGGCUAGAGUCCAUUGGAAUUAAGAAAGUAUAUGUAGAAAAGCUCUACGAAGAGGAAGUAACUGGUCCAGCGCUCCAACAAUUAGAUGAGCCUUUCCUUAAGGGGAUUGGCAUGAAAGGAGGCCAGAUUCACAUAUUAAUGUCCAAAAGAAAACAACUUUGGGACUGCAGUACUAGGCCAGAUUCCACCCAAGCAGUUCACGACAACUUUAACGUGUCGAACAACAAGAAAACCAAGUCAGAAAGAACAAAGACUCAACACAGAGAGCCUGAAGAGAGAAAGGGAGGUACAAAGGAAACAAAAUGCACACAGUUCGACAUGAAAUCAGUUUCUGUACAGGAUGGGGCUUUAAAAUCACAGCAAUCAGGCAAGAAAAACAUUUCUACUUCUAGUAAAACAGAAAUUUCACAUGCUCCAGGACGCAGAACUAACUUUAGACCGUUCAACAGUAAUGAUAUUAAUUUUAACUAUGUUAAAAACACAGUCUUCCACACUCCAGAAACAGGAGUUCUUAAUUUAAUUAUCCCUUGCCAUGAAUACAAAUCUUUUACCACGGCUGCAUCUCUGGACAGAGUAAGGCUGCAAGCAAAGUUUGCCUGUGAGGUGAUUAAAUUUGCUUCUGCUUGCCUGAAUGUCCGAACAAAUGGCACUAUUCACUUUGGAGUUAAGGACAACAUUGAGAAGGAGAGUUGGCAACAUGGACAGAUAGUUGGUGUAAGUAUAACAGACAGAGAGAUGUAUGUGGAUGCUUUAGAUUACAUUGAAAGGUGUUUUGAAUCACAUGUUCAGGAUGCUGCAAGGCUGUGCAUUCACCCACCUGUGUUUAUCCAAGUGAUCGAUAAAGACACUCAAGAACAGUAUUUUGUAGUGGAAGUUGACAUUGAACCAUCAUAUGAAACUGUUAAAGGGGAGAUCUUUCAAGUACGUCUACCAAGAUUUAAUGAAGGAACUAAUAAGGUGAACAUUGAGAAAAAUCCAGUUAUCUUUCGAAGAGUUGGUGCAAAUUCUGAGCCAGUAAAGAAUGAAGAUCUAGUUUCAUUCAUUCAAAAUUUACAAGAUAGAGAUGCUAGAAGAGAAAAGGCUGAAUUACCCAGUACUGAACAUCAUGACAACCCUCAAAACUUAGGGAGAAAAUUAUCUAUCCUACUGAAAAAUGGUAAAAACUAUAUGGAUGAUUCUCUGUGGCAUAUUUUAGUUACGAACAAGUGUAAAGAGGAAGACCUGAAAUCUAUUGACUUCUUGAUGCGCCUGAAUAUUUUCUGUGUAUUUGACUUUGAUGAGGAUUCCAACGUAUCGGGCUUGUAUAGCCAGUACAAAGAGUGCCACGCAACUAGUUCUCAUUUCUUACAAAACUAUUCCAAUGAUAACAAGAUGAGCACAACUGAAUUUCAAAAACAUUUGUGUCUAUUUGUUAAGAAAAGCUGGAUAUUUUGCAACGGACGCAGUGAUUUCCUUGGUAAUGAAAAGCCCUGUGACGAAGACACUUGGAUUAGAACAAAAAAGAGAUACUUGAAAAAAGCAGUAUCUUUUAUCUGUGAAGAACUCCUCCCAAAGGGAUCUUUUCUGGUGCUUUUCCUUCUGUUGUCCCCUGUGGAGAAACCAAUUGUGGAUGCUUUCCAUGAAUUUUAUAGUGAAAUGAAUGGCAUGGAUUUCAUAAUGUGUUUGGCUGAGUCUAGAGAAAACUAUGAGAAAUGGGCUAAUCUGGCUCAAAUAUCCUGCAGCACUGAGAUACUGGAACAGAGAAGUAUUGUAGGCAUGAAGCUAAGCCAUGUAGAUGCCACUGUCCAGAGCUUGCUCCCCUCUACCACAUACUGCAAACAUUUACCCGUUUCCACAAGAGGACUGUGUGCACUUCCCACUUUGGAAGAAGAAAAAAUGUAUUCUCUUGAAAUACUAUGUGCAGACCAAUGCGAUGAUAUCAAAUUGGAUCAUCUGAAUAAAGAAGAAAUAAAGCAGAUAGAUGAAACUUUUUAUCGAGGUAAAAAAGUUAGCUGGAAAAACUUCUGGCUUGCCGAUAAAAGGUUGUGCGGGGAAAUUAUCGAACGUGAAGCCUGUAAAGAGGUUUUGAAACUGAUGAACGAUUUUCUGUCUGGGACUUGGUUCAAGCACUCUGUGGCUAAGCUGAAAGUGUUCCACCACCCUGGGAGUGGAGGAAGUACCAUUGCAAGGCAAGUGCUGUGGAGACAAAGGAAGGAGUUACGAUGUGCCGUGAUUAAAGGAACAUACCCAGUUGCCACGGUUUGCCAGCAUGCAAUUGAUUUCCGGCAUUACGAUGAAAAAGACCUCAAAAAUUCUCUCCCUGUCCUCCUUUUGAUGGAAGAUUAUGAUGAAGAAUAUCUUGAGGAAUUAAUUUAUUCUUUAACUGAUGCGAUGGGACCUGCUAAACGCCAUCCUUCCAGGCCUUCUUUCAUCCUCCUGUGCUGUAAACGAUCCAAUGCCCCUGAUAAGCUUUGUAUAGCUUCACCUCAGGAUACAGUUGCUGUCACUCACAGACUGACAGAACAAGAGAAAAACCUGUUCAGAACAAAGCUGGAGAAAUUUGAAAAUCAGACCGAGUUUAAAUUGGAAUAUAUCCUUACUUUUGUUCUCAUGAGUAAUGAAUUUGAUAACACAUACGUGAGAGAAUUUGUAGAGCAUUUGCUCAAAGGUAUAGACUUAUCUGCCCCAGAAACUCGUUUGAUGAGGUAUGUCGCCUUACUCAAUUUCUAUGUACACAAUUCAUAUAUCACUUUAUCACACUGUGAGGCUUUUUUGGGACUUGGGGCAUAUCAAGAAAGGAGAAUAAGGGAAUAUGAUUUUAUAAGUCAUUUAAGUGAACAGGCACGGCUAAUUUUCAUUGAGCUGAGAGACACCACCACCUACAUUUCAUCCAUUCAAAUAAUACAUCACUUGGUUGCAAAGGAAAUACUGAAUCAACUCUCGGGCGAUCGGCCUCAGAGUGAAAUUGCCAGAAAUCUUCUUCAGGAAAAGGCAUUUCUUCAUCAUAGAUUUGGGCGUGAAGAGUUUAUAAAGUUCAUCAGAGAUCUGUUUAUAAGACGUGAUAAGAAGAGUAGAGGUGAUAACGCUGAUAGUCUUUUCUCUCCGUUCAUUGAGCACGUCUGCAAAACUGAAAACCCUGAAAAAGCUAUAGAAGUUUUAAAAAAUGCUUAUGAGUGCCUGGGAAAAGAUGCAUUCUUUGCCCAACAGCUUGCCAGGUUACAUUAUACUUAUGAGAAAUAUGAAGAUGCAAAACACUGGGCAGAAAUAGCCAAAUCUCAUUUGCCAAAUGAUUCUUUUAUUUUGGACACAGAAGGGCAGGUAUACAGGAAAUGGUUUAGUUUUAAGGUGGACAACAGUAAAGGUGAAGAGACACCAGAAGAUAUCAUUCAAAUGAUCGAAAUUGCCCUGAAAGCUAUGAAGUGCUUCAGGAGUGCACAACAAGCUGCAAAGUCUGAACAAGACAGUAUGAAUAACUCUGGUUAUUUUGGAGAAGUAGAAGUGGGUUGUCGUUUACUGAAAUUACUAUCUUCACUCGAGAUAUUUCCUAAAAAUGCCAGAGGGGAGUAUCCCAAACUUGUCCAAUAUUUACUUACAGACUAUAUUCCAGCUGAUAUUCAGAAGCCAUGGGGAAAACUUCACAGUCGCUUAAAAGGCUUACAUAAAAACAUUUACAAUGCUUUGGACUGGAUUUCAGAAGAUCUGAGUUACUUCCAGACAGACAAAAACCUGAAAGAGGACGAUGAUGGAAGAGAAGAACAAGUUUAUAAUCCUCGAGGUUGGCUUAAAAGACAAUGUAAAGUGUAUGCAACAUUCUUUAGCUCAUAUGAGCUUACUGAAGAAAGUGACGGAGGAUCUAAAUCCCAGCUCAUCAGAAAUAUGAUUAUUUAUAAACAUGGUGGUGGGAACGUGACCACAAUUCUGUCACUAUUGUCUGAUUCCAAUUCUAAAAAAACAGUUCAAAACCUUGAAAAAAUAAUAAGUUCUUACUCUGAAGACCCACAAAAAGACUAUCUAGAGGACAUGGAACUUAUAAACUAUAUCGUGUGCCACCUUACUCUAGCGUGUCUGUCACCUGGUUCUUCAAAGAUCCUUGACUUGCAAAUACUUCGAGAACUUAGCAAGAGAUUCUUUAAAAAGAAAAGGCCGUUUCCUGCAAGCGCUCACUUUUUGCUCACUUUACUUUACUGGCCUGAUGGUGGAUUGGAUAAAGACUCUAAUCCAGAUAAAGAUGAUAUCUUAAGAUCAGCCAUUCAUACUCUAAAGAACCUACAUGACAUCAAGAUAAAAAAUGUUGCACCAAGAAAGAAGAGGAUCUACACACACUUUUUCUUGGGAAUAGGCUACGGGCUGAGGAAGAUUGUGCCCAAAACAAAGAUUGAUAAAUUAAUGAGGGGUUCCUUAGAUGAGCGACGAAAAAAGUGGCACAACGGUGAUGUGUGGAAAAUUGGCGAAGUGCAUGAAGUCCUAAAAAGAGUUGAGGGGUGGACAGAAGAUGGCAGAGUCUUCGCUGUGGGCCACGCAGGGCGGAUUCCAAUUCUACCUUUGCAUUUUGAUUCAGUGCCACCUGGAAAUGAAAAUGUGACCUUUUAUUUAGGUUUCUCUUUUCUGGGUCUUGUUGCCUAUGACAUUCAAAUAAAAAAGUAGAAAGCUCAAGGAUACUAUAAGAAAUCAGAAUGCCCCUGCAAACUAAUGACAUUUCUGUCAAACACACAGAACGACUGGAUUUUCCUAAUUAAUCUUCUUAAGCACAUCCUUUAUAAGACUGGACUAUUUAAAAGUUUCCCUUGUUCCCCAUUUUUCAUAAUACAUGGAGGCAAACCUGGCUUUGAAUGCAUAUUCAGAGGUCUGCACCCAAACCUGCCUCCCUGAUUAGCACAGCUUUAUUAUAUAUGUGUUUGUGAUACCUGUGUCUUGCAGCCACUCAUUUUGUUUUUUAUAUAAGUAAACUUAGUAACAUCUUAAGUGUACAUGUAAAAAGUUACAGUGUGCUACACAGCCCUGUGAUUGUGUUUAUGCUUGCGUUCUUUUCUGCAAAGUUCUCAGAAGACAUUUAGGACAGGAAGCAAGGAUGAUGCAUGAUAGCUCAGAAACACGCCCAACAUCAUACAAACAGACAGUACCACAUAUGUUGCCUGCCAAAUAUAUGUUGGCUUUAGUGAGGUUCAUACUAGUAAAAUUUAGGAACUCUUGAGCAGUGCAGGGGGGAACUCAGAGGCAAAGCUGAUUUUGCAUUGGCUUCUCCAACUGUGGGUUACCCAUUUGCUUUCUUGGCUCUGUUGCCUUGUCGUUUCAAACAGCCUAUAUAUAUAUAUAUAUAUUAAACACAACUAAGCUUUUCUUUUUCCUCCAUGCCAGGAAAAAAAAUCACGUGCCAGACCUAUAUCAGACUGCUGUUCAAGGCCCAUCAGCUGGGCCAGUUUUUAAAAAGAAGCUGGCAAUGAUGGGCUCUUUACAAGAGAACAGCACUUAGCAAUUUGCACUUAAAGAGACUAUGAAGCCACCAAAAUUAUGGGUGCGUAACAUUUUUUUUAAUUUAGCUGAAAAAACUAAUGAACUUGCGAUAAUGCUUUGUUACAAAUAACUUUUAAAAACUUCUGCCUGGAUACCCAAGUCUGUCAAUUGUGGCUGAUUUGUAAACUGUAGCUCUGAAGGACAGAAUUGCUCUUCCUGUGGUUGCUCACCACAGUCUUAUCACUGCCAUGGUGAGAGGGGAGUGAAGCAAAGCUGCUAUCAACCUCCCAAAUGCAGUAAAACAAGAAAUGAAUUCAACGAUGUCAAUUUCUCUCAUUUGACUUACCAAUGUGUUUGCAGGCUUUUCCUAAAUAUAUUAUAAAUAUAUAUUUUGUUCACAGAAAGAGACUUUCUGAAUCUUUCAGCUUGCCAUACUUUGCAAAGAGAGUUGGCAUAUAUGUCAGGGUUCAACAAAUCCCAUGUCGCCCUGGAGUCUAAUUUCAUGGUGGCAACUAGAUUUUUCAGCAAUGAUUUUAUUAUGAUGACACCCAGAGUUAUCCCCAUAUUUAUUUACAUGCCAAAACAUUUUUGUCAUAUUAGAGCUUGAAUCAAACUAUGUGAAACUGUGGAGUGUUUAAGAUUUUGUGGAAGCAAUAAUUAGAAUAGGUGGUCAUUAAAAUACAAAAUCCUGAGGGCUGAAAAAUGAGUCUGGUGCUGAAAUUUUUGGGCUGGCUCAUAAAGUGAAAUAAAAUUUGUCAGUGAAGAUUUUAAGUGCCAAUCUACUGUCUGAUCCUGUCUGUAUAUACUUGUAAACCUAAUUGAUUUCAAUGGGACUUGGCCCAAGUAUAUAUAUUGCAGCUUUACUUUCUUGAUUAAGGUGAUAAGUAAUAAUAACAACAACAAUAACAUUUGAUUUAUACACCACCCUUCAGGAUGACUGAACACCCACUCAGAGCGGUUUACAAAGUAUGUUAUUAUUAUCCCCACAACAAUCACCCUGUGAGGUGGGUGGGGCUGAGAGAGCUCUAAGAGAGCUGUGACUGACCCAAGGUCACCCAGCUGGCUUCAAGUGGAGUAGGGAAUCAAACCUGGUUCUCCAGAUUAGAGUCCUGCCGCUCUUAACCACUACACCAAACUAGCUUUUAUUUCUGUAACAGAACUGUUUAGAGCCCCAACCCAGUGAAUGGAGUUUGCAUGCAUAAACAGACUGUUAAACGUGCAUCCAAAUAUACCUGGAGCAACUGGUCUACUAAGAAUUUAUACUUUCAUAUUCUAAUUAAUAAAAUUUGUUUUUAAAAGUGG